CACGUGACGACGCUUCGGUGGACGAAGGACCCACAAACGGCGGCUCGUCGUCGGCUUCCAGUUUGACGGAGAUAGUUUGCGUACAUGAAAACACAUCCGACUUAAAUCAGAAGCAUCUUAUCUAACACGCCGGUUUGACCUGAGCCAAGUGCUCUAUUUGCAUAAGGAGCCAUGUUUCUGUACAACAUCACCCUUCAGCGCGCCACCGGCAUCACUCACGCCAUCCACGGGAACUUCUCAGGAACCAAAUUGCAGGAGAUCGUUGUCUCCAGGGGAAAGAUCUUGGAAUUAUUGCGGCCAGAUGCCAACACGGGAAAGGUGCACACGCUACUCACCGUGGAGGUGUUUGGCAUCGUUAGGUCCCUGAUGGCCUUCAGGCUCACUGGGGGAACCAAAGACUACAUUGUUGUCGGAAGCGACAGCGGUCGAAUCGUCAUCCUGGAAUACCACCCAUCAAAGAACAUGUUUGAGAAGAUCCACCAGGAAACGUUCGGGAAGAGCGGCUGCCGCCGCAUUGUCCCCGGGCAGUUCCUGGCUGUCGACCCAAAAGGCAGAGCCGUGAUGAUCGGAGCGAUAGAGAAGCAGAAGCUGGUGUACAUCCUGAACAGAGAUGCGGCCGCCCGGCUGACCAUCUCCUCUCCCCUGGAAGCACACAAGGCCAACACACUGGUCUACCACGUAGUAGGAGUGGACGUCGGCUUUGAGAAUCCUAUGUUUGCCUGCCUGGAGAUGGACUAUGAGGAAGCUGACAAUGACCCGACGGGAGAAGCGGCCGCCAACACUCAACAGACGCUCACCUUUUACGAGCUUGACCUCGGAUUAAAUCACGUGGUCCGCAAGUACAGCGAGGCUCUGGAAGAGCACGGGAACUUUCUCAUCACUGUUCCUGGCGGCUCAGAUGGACCCAGUGGAGUUCUGAUCUGCUCCGAAAACUACAUCACUUACAAGAACUUUGGGGACCAGCCUGACAUUCGGUGUCCCAUCCCACGCCGCAGGAAUGACCUGGAUGACCCGGAGCGCGGCAUGAUAUUUGUCUGCUCAGCUACCCACAAGACCAAGUCCAUGUUCUUUUUCCUGGCCCAAACUGAGCAGGGAGACAUCUUUAAGGUUACCUUGGAGACAGAUGAAGAAAUGGUCACAGAAAUCCGGCUGAAAUACUUUGACACAAUCCCUGUAGCAACCGCCAUGUGUGUCCUGAAGACCGGCUUCUUGUUUGUGUGUUCAGAGUUUGGAAACCAUUACCUUUACCAGAUCGCCCACCUGGGCGACGAUGAUGAGGAGCCCGAGUUCUCCUCUGCAAUGCCGUUAGAGGAGGGAGACACAUUCUUCUUCCAACCCCGCCCCCUCAAGAACCUUGUGCUGGUGGACGAGCAGGAGAACUUAUCUCCCAUCAUGUCCUGUCAGAUUGCUGAUUUGGCCAAUGAAGACACUCCACAGUUGUACGUUGCCUGCGGUCGAGGGCCGCGGUCAACUCUGAGGGUCCUGAGACACGGACUAGAGGUGUCGGAGAUGGCCGUGUCUGAGCUGCCCGGUAACCCGAACGCUGUGUGGACCGUACGCAAACACGUAGAAGAUGAAUUUGAUGCCUACAUCAUCGUAUCCUUCGUCAACGCCACCUUGGUUCUGUCAAUCGGGGAGACUGUAGAGGAGGUGACGGAUUCUGGAUUCCUGGGAACGACGCCGACUCUGUCCUGCUCUCUGCUCGGAGAAGACGCGCUGGUGCAGGUGUACCCAGACGGCAUUCGCCACAUCCGAGCGGACAAGCGUGUGAACGAGUGGAAGACUCCGGGCAAAAAAACCAUAGUUCGCUGCGCUGUGAACCAGCGGCAGGUUGUAAUCGCCCUCACCGGAGGCGAGCUGGUCUACUUUGAGAUGGACCCGUCCGGCCAACUGAACGAAUACACGGAGCGCAAGGAGAUGUCUGCCGACGUCGUCUGUAUGAGCCUCGCUAACGUUCCCCCCGGCGAGCAGCGCUCUCGGUUUCUGGCCGUGGGACUGGUUGACAACACUGUCCGAAUCAUCUCCUUGGACCCUUUGGACUGCCUCCAGCCGUUGAGCAUGCAGGCGCUGCCGGCCCAGCCAGAGAGUCUGUGUAUUGUUGAGAUGGGAGGCGUCGAGAAGCAGGACGAACUCGGAGAAAAGGGAACCAUUGGCUUCCUUUACCUCAACAUAGGGCUGCAGAACGGCGUGCUGCUGAGGACUGUGCUGGACCCGGUGACUGGAGACCUGUCGGACACCAGAACGCGCUACCUGGGCUCACGGCCCGUCAAACUCUUCAGAGUCCGGAUGCAGGGACAGGAAGCUGUCUUGGCGAUGUCCAGUCGCUCCUGGCUGAGCUACUCGUACCAGUCUCGGUUCCACCUGACCCCCCUGUCGUAUGAGACCCUGGAGUACGCCUCUGGCUUCGCCUCGGAGCAGUGCCCCGAAGGCAUUGUGGCCAUUUCCACCAACACGCUGAGAAUCUUGGCUUUGGAGAAAUUAGGAGCCGUCUUCAACCAGGUGGCCUUUCCUCUGCAGUACACUCCCAGGAAAUUCGUAAUCCACCCGGAGACCAACAACCUCGUCGUGAUUGAGACGGACCACAAUGCCUACACCGAGGCUACCAAAGCCCAGAGGAAGCAGCAAAUGGCUGAGGAGAUGGUGGAAGCUGCUGGGGAGGACGAGAGGGAACUGGCUGCCGAGAUGGCCGCCGCCUUCCUCAACGAGAAUCUGCCCGAAGCCAUCUUUGGUGCGCCCAAAGCCGGAGCUGGACAGUGGGCCUCGCUGGUGCGUCUCAUCAACCCCAUACAGGGCACCACGCUGGACCAGAUGCAGCUGGAACAGAACGAAGCCGCUUUCAGCGUCGCUGUGUGUCGGUUCCCCAAUACUGGCGAUGACUGGUAUGUUCUGGUGGGCGUGGCCAGAGACAUGAUCCUCAACCCCAGAUCAGUGAGCGGUGGCUUCAUCUACACCUAUCGCCUCGUCAGCGGAGGCGAGAAACUGGAGUUUGUGCACAAAACCCCCGUGGAGGACGUGCCCCUGGCCAUCGCGCCGUUCCAGGGCCGAGUCCUGGUCGGAGUCGGCAAACUGCUGAGGAUCUACGACCUCGGCAAAAAGAAGCUGCUGCGCAAGUGUGAGAACAAGCACGUCCCCAACCUGGUGACGGGCAUCCACACCAUCGGCCAGCGCGUGAUCAUCACCGACGUCCAGGAGAGCCUCUUCUGGGUGCGCUACAGACGCAACGAGAACCAGCUCAUCAUCUUCGCCGAUGACACGUACCCCCGCUGGGUGACCACGGCCUGCCUGCUCGACUACGACACCAUGGCCUGUGCCGACAAGUUUGGCAACAUCAGCAUCGUGCGUCUACCCCCGAACACCAGCGACGAUGUGGACGAGGACCCCACGGGGAACAAAGCUUUGUGGGACAGAGGCCUCCUUAAUGGGGCGUCACAGAAGGCUGAGGUGAUCGUGAACUACCACGUCGGCGAGACCGUGUUGUCCCUCCAGAAAACCACCCUGAUCCCUGGCGGCUCGGAGUCCAUGGUGUACACCACUUUGUCUGGAGGCAUCGGCAUACUGGUCCCAUUCACUUCACACGAGGACCAUGACUUCUUCCAGCAUUUAGAGAUGCAUAUGCGCUCUGAGUUUCCUCCUCUGUGCGGCAGAGACCAUCUCAGCUUUAGAUCCUACUACUUCCCAGUCAAGAACGUGAUAGAUGGAGAUCUGUGUGAGCAGUUCAACAGCAUGGACCCUCACAAGCAGAAGAGUGUGGCUGAAGAGCUGGACAGGACGCCGCCCGAGGUCUCUAAGAAACUGGAGGACAUUCGCACUCGCUACGCCUUCUAAAUAGCUAAUAGCGCACUCACUAGGCCCAUUACACACCAAUCCUUCUCUGCCACACUGGGCCUCGGCUCGGGACCUUGAGUGAUGGGCAUUUAUGGAAGGUUUAACAGCACACAAUGUCACAUGCUUGAAUGCAAGUCGCAGGCACCUCUGCUGCUUUGCAAAUACAUGCAUUUAAGACUAAAAAGGGCCAGACAAAUGCCCACGUGGCCGCGUUGCCAUCCCUCCGCGUGCACACUUGCAGACCCGGUUACAAUGAACUUUCCUUUGAGUUUGUUUUUCCUUUUUGUCUCACACACACGUCGACACCAUUUAUUUGAAACAUCGCAGUGGGUGUCGGACAGCUCUUAACGUUCUUCACAAGUACAGCUGUCGCCAAACCACGCGGCUCACGUGGUCGGCGUUCACGCGCUGCCGAUGUGAAAUGAGUGUGUCUCUCUCUCUCUCUUUUGGACCCCCGACAGUACACACCUACAAUCUGUGAAUACUUUUUUUAUUUUAAUGCUUUUUUUUAGCGAAUCCCAAGCACCGCUAGUUAUGAACACGAUCGAUUUGAUGCCGCGUUACUUUGACAGAAUACCUUUUUAAUGCCGAGAAUUUUUUUAGUGUUUGUUAUUUAGCCCGGUGGAGUUUCACAUUGUGUUUGAUCGCAGCUGUGAAACGGGGCCACAGUUCAACAAGUGUUGCCGUACUGUGUCACUAGACGACUGCUGAGCUCAGACUAAAUAAGUGGGUGUUUGUCUUGGUCCUGUAAAUUCCCAACCACAGGCAUCGCAUUCCUCAGUAGUCACUGAAUUUAGUCAGGGGUUUGUGGGAUUGGGACCAGUGGUCUGUUUUUGUAAAUAAAGUUGUUUCUUUGUGCGUUAUGAUACCAUGUGUUUGUGUCAUUUCCUGCCGCUGUGUGGGGUUUUUACGACCGUCUCAAACAAAUGAACCGAUUGGAAGUCCAA